AUGGCAAAAAGCUUAGCUUGCCUUACAGAUGAGCCUUUGUCAACAGAUAAUCUGAAUGCCAAGAGCCCAUUGGAGCUGAAGAGAUUGGUUGAGCAAUGGCUAGAAGCGGUGGUGACUAUGGCCGGAGGAGGUGGUGGCGGAGACCGAUGGUGGCUGGUUGCAUUGGUGACGACAGAGGCAGUGUUAGUGGAUGAAAGUGGAGCUGAGAUUGUCUUCUGCCAUGGCUUAGAGAGCUUGCAGAGCUUACAGAGCAUAAUUUCAUGGAGUGAUUUAAGAAUUGACGAGCACUACAGAGAUUCAAAUAUCAAAGAUGAGGAAGGAAAAAGAGUUAUCUUGGUGUCAAAGGACGGUUCUGGGGAUUCGAAGACUGUCCAAGGAGCAGUAGAUAUGGUUCCUGAUGGAAAUAAGGAGAGAGUAAAGAUUUAUAUAGCCUCAGGUGUUUACAGAGAGCAAGUGUAUGUUCCAAUCACAAAGCCGUAUAUAUCCUUCAUUGGCAAUAAAAAUGGUGAAACUGUGAUAUCAUGGGAUCUUCGAGCAUCCGACCGAGAUUCCGAUGGUCGGGCUAUUGGCACCUUAGCUUCUGCAUCAGUGGCAAUAGAAUCUGAUUACUUUUGUGCCAAUGGAAUAACAUUUGAGAAUACAUCUCCAGCUGCACAAUCAGGAGCUUCAGGAAUGCAAGCAGUAGCACUGAGGCUUGCAGGAGACAAAGCCUUGAUAUAUAGAUGCAAAAUCCUAAGUUCUCAAGACACUCUAUUUGAUCAAUUUGGAAGGCAUUAUUUCUAUGAAUGUUAUAUACAAGGAUCUAUUGACUUCAUAUUUGGAAAUGCAAGAUCACUUUAUAAGGAAUGCACUCUUCAUGCUGUUGCUGCAAGCUAUGGUGCGAUCACUGCUUCACAGAGGAAUUCAGCUUCUGAGAAUUCAGGAUUUUCUCUGAAUUCUUGCAAGCUAUCUGGCACUGGAAUGAUUUACCUGGGGAGAGCUUGGGGUAAAUAUGCUAGAGUUAUAUAUUCUUACUGUCAGCUUGACGGAAUCAUUUUACCUCAGGGCUGGAAUGACUGGGGAGACGCAUCAAGGCAAAAAACGGUAUGGUUCGGACAGUUCAACUGCAGUGGAAGAGGUGCAGAUAUGAGCAAUAGAGUGCCAUGGGCAAGAUCACUUACUUAUGAAGAAGCGAAGCCAUUCUUAGAUCAAUACUAUAUCGAUGGUGAUCAAUGGCUGAGAUUGUAGUUGGUUGUAGAAUUUAUAAGCAACUAUUCAUUCCCAUGGCAUGACCAGAUAACUUGUAGAAGAAAUUCAUCAUAUAUGUGUAUU